AUGGUGAAAGAAACGAUACAGCGAGAAUGGUUAUCAGGGGUGCUUGAUGGAGUUGUCGAUGUCAAGAGUGGAAGAGGAAAUGACGGCAUCAGUGAUUCUGGUGCUCCCUAUUGUGAGAAGGUCACAAACUUGGAAAGUCGCACUAUCAAGGAAAUGACAAUGUCAUCCAUAAAGAGUGCGAUGUGGACUGAGGCAGAGAGACUGUGGGCGCUCGGUAAUGCAAACGUCAUUGACUUCUUACGCAGUGUUUCGCGCGAAAGAUAUUUAAGAUUCUCAUACGAGGACCUCGUGACAAGACCAAGGGCAGUUUCAGAGAACUUAUGCACUCUCAUCGGAAUUCCACAUGAACUAAUCAUGACUACGCCAUACACGGCAACAAACGUAGCCACGUUUGCGCCAGUGACAGAGGGUGGUCUUGGAGCGGGCGAUCCACACAUGCUCAAACGUUGCAGCAUCGACCCAAAGCUUGCAGAUGCAUGGAGAGACGCUGAAUCGCCAAUGACGCUUGCACAAUUUACAUCGCAUGUUGCAAAACGAUUAGGAUAUCGUCUACCGGGAUGGAAGGAGCCCACGCUUCAAGUUGGGACUGCACCUGAGAUUGUUAGGCUGAACGACAAAACAACAUGUCCAGUAAUUUUGUUCGCACAUGAUUUAUCUGGGGAAGUAACAAAAGCAGCUCCGCUCGCUAAAAAAUUGUCAUGUGCUGCAUUCGGAUUUCGCGUUGCUCCAUUCCGAGAAAAAGGAUCAGGUGACCAUUCUGGCGUGCCUUCGUGUACAUUACUACAAGUCCCUGACCUACCAUCACUUGCUGCGUAUUACAGACAUCUAGCCGCCGUGUCAUUAGGGUUGGAAUCUGGGGAUGAUGUUGUGUAUGCCGGAGUUGGCCAAUUUGGGCGGUCGUUAGCUACACAGAUGGCAGCGCAGCAACAAAGGGCGAACACAAUUCAUAUCGAGGACAGGAAAUAUUUGCUGCGAAACCAAAAUUCUCGGUCUUGGGAUGCAACCAAAGAACGUGGCUGUGACUCGUGUGCGGCGGGAUUGCUCUUGUUGCCUGAAGAUGACUACAACAUCAGUAGAGUCCCGGCUGACAUCCGUGCACUGUAUGAUGUGGUGCAAAAUGAGAUUAAUAUGCAUGAUAUAUCGGAUAAUAGUUAUGCAUCUCGCAUUAGCACACUGACGCUUACAAAAUUUGAAAAUGGAUUAGUAGCUGCUGGUGGCCGAGGCUCCCCCGAAGCAACACUCGCAUACGCCGAAUCAUUUCGAUAUGCCGAUAAAAACCUAGAGUCGUGCAAAAAAAGUGGUCAUGCGAAUACAGCAUGUGCCACAUGGGAUGAUCGUGUGCACCGUGCAUUGUGUGUUGCUCGACGUGGGGCUGCACUACUGGCUACGGAUGAUAGGUUAAGCGAUUUCGACGGGGAGACAAUCGACAUGACUGGGGAGCGUCGUCUGACAAAUAUGAGAUCAGCAGAGCUUGCAGAAGCAGUGAGCGCAAGGCUAUUUACUAGACAAGUCAAGAAAAAAUAAAUCUCGAGUGCUCGGCUGGAGAUCAUUGAAGUAUACACUACACUAAACUCU